AGCCGAAAGCGAACGGGUGUCAUUCGAGAGGUUAAUGUUGAGGUGGUGUUGUCCGAGCUUCGUCACAUCAGUAGAUAAUAUCACCGACACAAACCAUCAAACGGCUCAUUUUGAAAAGGGUUCUUGUAGCACCAUGGGUUUCAAUUACGUGAUGUUUUUGGGCAGCGUCCGAGAAGGUCGUAAUGUAUCACGGGUGGCUAAAUACAUGAUAAACGUUUUCGAAUCCAAUGGACAUAAGGUGACAAUAUUUGAUCCCCAGGAAAUGGAAUUCCCCAUGCUAAAGAAACCUCUUCAUUUUCACCGUUCCAACGAACAGCCUCCCGAUUGGUUAGUCAAGCACAAUAAGACCAUACAGGAUGCUGACGGCUACGUGGUCAUCUCGGCCGAAUACAACCGUGCCAUUCCUCCAGCUCUUACCAACAUGAUGAAUCACUUUCCUCCCGCGUCGUACAAGUACAAACCUUGUGGAAUUGUUUGUUAUUCCCUUGGCCCAGCAGGGGGCAUAGUUGCAGCGAUGGCGCUCCGACCUUUCCUUGGGGAGCUGGGAAUGGUAACCCCAUCGUUUAUCUUUGCAACCCCACAAGUCGCAGAUGCAUUUAGUGAAGAUGGAAAGCCUCUCACGGAUCGAGCUAAAACAGGAGGACCGAAUCUGCUGAAAGAACUGGAAUGGUACACGGCUGCUCUGAAGAGACAGAGGGAAGAAAUAGGAAUACCGAAAUAGAACCACAGAUUUCACAAACUAUUCUAUUUUAGAAACAUAGUAUACUUUCUGUAAUGUAUUGUCAAGUAGUGGGAUAUUGUGAUAAUAUAAAGUAAGAUUGUUGAUAAAUUUAUAUAACUGUUGUUUUUUUUUUACAAGACUCUUGAAAAGAUGGCCUACAAAAGUCUUUCAUUCUGCAAGCAGAAAGUUUAUGUAGAAUUCCAUGCUUGCGAUUAUACUAUAAAACUUGCAUGACUUAUCCAAUGAAAUCUUCAUAAUUUUACUCUAUCCAAACCUUAGUUUUGCCAGAUCGUUAAGAACUUAAUCAUUACGUGUCUUUGUAAUGGGUCCUAUAAUAAAUGCGAUUGAAACUGUA